UCUCCCGUCCCAAGUCCUUAAUACUUGCCCCAGCUUCCUCACAACGUCCUGCACGGCUUGUAGCGUCUCUGGCUGCCUCAAAACUUCCUGGAUUUCAGUAGUUUAAUAUGCCGACGUGCCGUCGCAAGCGUGUUGUCCUCACCCAGCCCUCAGAGUCCCUGCUUAGAGCUCUCAAGAGUAAUCCAAGUAGAGAUGUCUUUUACCUUCAGCAGACCGGCGAAAUCUUCGAAACAUACGAAGCUUAUGCUGCGCGAAUGUCCUUUUAUCGCUUGAAGCAAUUCCAGUGUGAAGUCACCGGCAAAAGUGGUCUCGAUUACUUUCAGGCUUUGUCAAGCGAACGUUCAGAGGCAGAGACACUUCAUUCGCGUUUCUCGGAGCCUCUCAAGCCUGCUAUUCUCAAGGCUGUUCAAUUCCAGGUAGUUGGUCGCCUGGACCAUCUCGUUGAAUCGGUGUACGAAAGAUUUAAGGAUCGAUAUUACAAGGGCGAAAGAGUUUUGAUUGACCUCAAUGGAAUCAAACCCUACAGAUAUUAUGGUGUAGUCCAUACCGUCUAUCCACCGAAGUACAGCACCGACGUCGCUGCGCGGGACGCGAACAAACCUGACGUGGAUGGUGUCGAACAGGGAACAUCUCGACCCAUUGAUAACGAAGAACCUCAUCAGAUUUACGACGACCUGAAAACCCCUGUGAAGGAGGUUAACGCCCGCGAUGACCCAUUCCUAUAUUAUUACUGGGUUCUCCUCACGGAACUCGAGAGGGAUAAGAGCGACAAGAGCAAAGGCAGCAAGCCGAGCGAUGGCGCGGAGAUGAUUGGCAGUUUGAUGGAAGUUCAGUGCGGUCGCAUGAGUCGGGAUCGCCUUUCAUUCUCAAAAUCUAUCCUUCGUCGUUUCAUCCGAGAUUGCGUAGAUCGCGACGCCGCAGUAGCAUCCCCUUGGACAGUUAAACCAGCCAUUGCUCAAAAGUACGGCGUGAUAUCCAGUAUGACUGAAGACACGCGUAACAAUGUCGAGGCCAUCAAAAAAGGCGAACACGAUAAACGCAAGAAAGUUUGGGAAGACAAAGACGGACCGCCUAAUAAAAAGCACAAGAAGAUGACUGCCGCUCAAGAAGAAAAAGCAAAAGCUGCCGCUCUCAAACGCGACCGUGAGGCUCAGGAGAAACUGGACCAACAGAGGAUAGCUAGAGAAGAAGCUGAAAGGAUCGCCGCAGAAAAGAAAAAAAAGAAACCCAUACGUUACCCCACUGAAGACCUUGAUGUUCGUUUAACAGACAAGGACCUCAAAGCGGGGAUGAAGUUGAAGAGACCCGUUCCCACUUCACACGCUCUACCCUUCAACCACCAUUCUGGACUGUUUGAGUCCUUUCUCAUGGCCUGGAACUUUAUGGUCGUCUAUGGUCAACCACUACAUAUAUCUCCCUUCACCCUUGAUGAAUUCGAGCAUGCUAUUAAGCAUACGGACGUGGACAUGCCCUGCUCACUAUUAGCAGAAGUGCAUUCAACGCUAAUCUAUAAUCUGCGUACUGUUCCCUUCGCCCGGCACAGCGCGGUUUUAUCCUUGCUCCAGAGGAAGGAUCACCUUCAAUCUGAUGGCAUGGAGGACGAAGAAUACUUCGGCGUCAACACUGACCAACUAUCCGCUGCCAUGUCAGAUAUAGGGAACAACUGGGAACGUGUUCCUCUUCGACAUUCGGAAGGUCGUGAAGGCUGGGAGGAAGCGUUAAUCGGAUGUUUGAAAGAUCACGCCACCAGAGAAAAUUUCCCUCGUAUGCGCGAAAUUCUUACGAAGCUGCUCUUCGCUCCAGACCCGAGUGAGGCGCCCGCACCUCAUGAUACAUCGCCUUCAAGUUCGAGGGCACCUUCCCCUCUUGAACCAACUCCUCCCCCCCAACGUCUUUCCGCGAUUUCUACCCCACGCGAAAGAUACAUGAAUCUUCCAGUGCAUGAUCGAAUAGCCAUAUUGAGCUUUAUGGUGAACCUCGCGAUAUCUAGCAAGGCUAUUCAUCAACACAUGGAGUCUUGUGAAGAGCAGCUUACUUCGCUUCGAAAGGAGAAGAUCGAGGUCAAUCGAACGAAGAAACAAUAUUUGGAGGAAAUGAACGUGCUCAUGGGAGAAGCCAAAGAGGAACCUGUAGACGAAGACGCCAGAAUGGAGGAUCCUAGUGAUAUGUCAGACGUUCCAGCCUCAGAUAAUGGUUCGGAUUCAGGAAAAUCGAAGAAAAGCACCUCUAAGUCAAAAGACCUCCGCCAAAAAGCUCAACUUCAAGCACAUUCCAAACAACGUGAAGCCGCGCGCGCCAAACAGGCGUCAGCCAAGCAAGCUAUGGCAGAACACCGACGAUUGGACGAGGAAGUCAAUAAACUCGAACGGCGCUUGGAAGCGAUUGAGAGGGAAUUUAGGAAACUUCUGGGUGGUGUUCGGGUAAAGCCUAUGGGCAAAGAUCGGUUCUACAAUCGUAUAUGGUGGUUUGAUGGACUUGGGUCAGCCAGCUUGGUUGGGAGUGGCGGGGCUACACAGUAUGGUGCUGGGAGAGUUUUCAUCCAGGGUCCCAGUGAAUUCGACCUGGAGCUUAUGAUGAGGCGCACAGAUGACGAGGUUCCUGUGCAAAUCCGUCGUUUGGAGGAAGAGGGUCAGGAAGGAAUGCUAGGUCCAGGUGAUUGGGCGGUGUAUUCGGAUAUGGAUGAGCUCGAACAGUUCAUUGCCUGGCUCAAUCCCAAAGGUCACAGAGAAAUAGCGUUGAAGCAGGCGUUGAGUAAGUGGUGGAUACAUAUUUCAGCAGGCAUCCGGCGGCGCAUGCAGGACUUGAAUGUACAUGCAAAGCUCCCUGAGGCACGCCGUAGUGCGCGCACGAAGACUGCUCCUGAUAUAACUAGGGAACCGUACAUGAUGUGGACGAAUCGACGAGCAAUCAACCCCACCUAAUUUCUUCUCGUUACUUUAUGUUUUUUGUAAUUGAAAUGUUGUACAUACAUGCAUAGAUUCAGUCUUGUACAGCAGAGAACCAGGCGACCAUAAUAUUAUGCCAGUCGGAAAACA